AUGACAUCAACGAAUCAGAACAAAAUACUACUCCUCCAUACCUCAACUGUGAACCCUUUAUCAUUCGCCUUUCGUCUGACAGGAAAUGAGGUACAAGAGAACGAAGAUGUCGUAAAAUGGAAGAUAGACAAUAAAUAUUACACAGCGGAUGUCGAUAUACACAUAUCUGAAUUGAGUAAGACGAUCGAUGAAACAACAAUAAGGGACUGGAAAGAAAUAGAUGUGAUAGUGUAUGUAUUCGAGAAGGUACCCAUUUCUUUACCUCCGACAUUGAUCAAGGUCCUUUCGACUCCAAGGGACAUAGCUAUCGCAGUCCGUACAUUGCCAUCACCGUCUUCCAACAAGGAUUCAUCUCACGAUCAUUCAGAACAUGGGACUUAUGCUGAAUUGGUCGAUAUGCUCGAGGAAGUAGGAAUGGAAUUUAUAGAUGAAGUCAAUCCGCUCACAGAGGAAGAUGAUGAAAGACCAAUGGAACCACUCGAGAUAAUACGUCAAAACCUAAUGACACAUUUAUGGCCUAACAUGAAUCGUAAACCACUAAAUAUUUCAUCGAGUCCCCAAAUCCCUUCAGCCAUUUCAUCUCCUACUUCCUCUCCUAAACAAGCUACUUUCCCAGAGACCUUUGCUUCUAUAGAAGCCUCCGCUUCGUUCUCUCCUUUCGCGAAUGCAGAUGUGGAUGUACUUGGCGGUCCAUCUGAAAUCGGAGCCACUUCGGCAUUCCCUGGAUUAGAAGAACUCCGAGCUCAAAUAUACGCAAAUCAAUUUGAUAACAUCGAUCGUCUCGAUAAUCUGGGCGAUGGAUUCGGGAAUGGUCCUUCUGAAGAGGAAUAUACCAGAUUAGACGAUUGGUUAGAUUCUGACGAAGAUGAUGAUGAAGAACAAGAACAAAUUCAGUAUGGUCAAUUAGAAGAUGACGAUGAUCACGCUGGAAAUAAUGAGAAUGCCUUGAAUCGCAAGGAUGCGGAUAUCCAGGUGGAUGAUGCCUCUCUAGAUGACUGGGAAAACAGAUCUGGAGCCUCGAAGGCACGAAAUGAUAAACGAGACUGGUUAGAUACUGAUGAUAUGAGAUUUGAUCCUAUCGAAUUUGAUCUACCUUCAGGAUCAAUCAGUCCAAAGGUACAAGAGCAAGAAGGUUUCGAAGACGAUUUCGAUGAAUAUACAGAAUUUCAAUCAGCCCCCUCGAUGUCGGCAGGACUCAACGAUCCUACAUUAGCAUUAGACCCUACACCAUUAUUGUUACAUCUACAAUCUGUUCGAGAUGAACUGGCAAAUGUACAAGAUGAAAAUGAAAGAAGGGUGAGAGCAGGGAAAGAAGUACAGCAGAUAUUGGCAAGUCUAGGUAUGGGUGAUCUGGCUGAAGAUGACUUGGACCUGCAUGGGAUUAUAUAG